UCCAAUUGUCCCGUUUGUCGCACGCAAACCAAUCCUAUCACCGAAGAGAUCCGAUGGUCUCUCGACGCCAUGAGAUCCACACUCGAGGAGCAGCCGUCAAACUCAAUGGCAUUACGAAUGGUGGAGGGCUCGGCUGGACGGGCUGUACAGUCGGUGUCCAUGAGACUCGAGAUGAUGGAUAUGAUUAAUGGGUCCUUGGUUUCCACGCCAAUGACAAACGCCACUCGAUUGGCGUCUCCGACUACCGGUGCGAUUACCGGACGAUUGGCGUCUCCGACUACCGGUGCGAUUACCAGACGAUUGGCUGCAAUGGAUGAGAAUGAUUGUGCCAUUUGUUUGGAUGGACUCAAUGAGGGCACUAAAGAAAGCAAUAUGCAGUUGAUAUGUGACCACCAGUUCCACAAGCAAUGUAUUAAACUAUGGUUUGACACAAAGUCCAAUUGUCCCGUUUGUCGCACGCAAACCAAUCCUAUCACCGAAGAGAUCCGAUGGUCUCUCGACGCCAUGAGAUCCACACUCGAGGAGCAGCCGUCAAACUCAAUGGCAUUACGAAUGGUGGAGGGCUCGGCUGGACGGGCUGUACAGUCGGUGUCCAUGAGACUCGAGAUGAUGGAUAUGAUUAAUGGGUCCUUGGUUUCCACGCCAAUGACAAACGCCACUCGAUUGGCGUCUCCGACUACCGGUGCGAUUACCGGACGAUUGGCGUCUCCGACUACCGGUGCGAUUACCAGACGAUUGGCUGUAAUUGCGAGACGUCGACAAUUUUGCUGGAAUGUGGAGCACAUUAGAAGGUUGAGAUCCCGGCCCACAAAUCAGAUNGAAUACAAGAAUCCGACCGAUCUUUUCCUCGAUUACAGAAUAUACUCCAAAAGUAAUGACACAAUAGAGGAACAGUAG